GGGAAGCUUUCAAGUUCACAUGCUCAGUCCUGGUGAGCGUGACUUGCCCAAGCCUGAACGUAUGCCUGAGCUGGUUGGGAUAUAGGGAAUUAAGUCGCGGCACUCAGUUUGACUGAUAACUAUAUUCUACACACAACUAUCCCCGCAGUUCUCUGGUGGAAUGGGCACACAUGGUUUGACUGCCUGGAUGCUUCACAGGCGCUUAGAGUGGUGCUCGCAGGGCCAUUCCAUCCAUGGAUUAUAUAUACGGCACAAAGCUAGCAAUCAGAAAGACAGAGGGGCGGCACAGCAUCUUUUAAGUAUAUAGCACAUUAUAAAUUUGAAACUACCAUGCUUACACCUGGGUUUGUCGGCAUGACAUUUUACGUCCCCAAGGUUGAGGUGCCAGGCAAAGGAGAGGAACACUGCCGGUACAGUCUGGACAGCAUCCUUGGCGUCUGGAGUACUCAGGUUAUCUUCAUGGCGCUAGUGUGUACACUAGCCUGGCUCUUUAUCCCACGCAGUACACACAGCAGCAUGCCCAUCAUGCAGGCUACACUCCAGUGUUUUGCGUGGACCGAGCCCGAUUUGCCUCGUCAAUUGGCUCGGCGCCUUUGCUCUCUGCCUUCCAGCUGUGACCGAGUCAUGGAGCUGUGUCGAGAGCCCAUGUUCUGCUUUGAGACUUGCAUCAAACUGUGUUACUGGUGCGAGCAUAUCUACUACUAUGACGAGCAAGGCUGUGAGAUGAGGUUGCCACUGGAACAGCUUAUGAAGCUGUAUGAUCUGGAGCACCUUGAGGUGUUGCGUGAAGAGGAGAGCGAUGCUAAAGUUAUGAUUGCAUGGAGCUGGAAGAUGUGUGUCAUCUGCUUUCGGGGCACUGCAUCCAUAAAAGCUGCAUGUGUGGACCUCAAGGCUAUGCUGAAACCAUACUACAACCGUGAGGCAUGGAUGUCUGAGUCCAAGCUUGCUCGGCUGGCGGCAGUACACCAUGGCUUCCAAUGGAGCUGGCGGCACCGGGGGUUCAAUUGCCGUGUGCUGGACUGGGUGGUCAGCUAUCGGAAGAAACACCCACAUGGCAAGCUUCUUGUAACAGGCCACUCCCUGGGAGGUGCACAUGCCACAUUGUGCACACUGGACAUCAUACAUGAGCUGCGUGGCAGCCUGCCACCACAUCAUAUCUCAUGCUACACGUAUGGGGCACCACGUGUUGGCAACCAUGCAUUUGCGGCCAUGUAUGACAAGGUGGUGUACGAAACAUGGAAUGUUGUCAACUGCAAUGACAUGGUUCCGCUGACGCCCAAGUGCGUGGGAUGGUUUGUCUACAAGCAUCCUGGUCACAAGGUGAUUGUCAAGAGGCGUGGCGAUCUCAUAGUACGACCCACCUUCAUGGAGAACGCUGUCGCCCGGCUGCCGUGCUCUCGCUCUGUGCGACACCACCUGCUGGGCUCCUACCUGCGCUCUAUGAUGGCAGUGCUCCGCGCGCAGACGCGUGGGAAGCACGUUGAGGGUGGUGUGAGAGGCCUCCUGCACCUGACCAUGUACAGACUGCCGGAAGUGGAUGCUGUGUUGGCAGACGUAGUAGAGGAGGUGCAGGCGGUCGCUCUGGCAGCCGUGGAGGCGGUACAGAUGGUGGAAAAGCGCAGCCUUGCGGCAGGUGCGGCCAUGACGCCAGCUGAUGUGGCGGUCGUGGCCGCAUCAGCUGCAGCAAAGACCAGCUCAUCUGGUAGUGCCGUUUACCACUCAUUAGCCAAAUAUGGCUCCAUUCGCCUGCUGAUGGACCAGGAGAGCCGCAAGUCACUGCACAAUUCAGUACAGCAGCAGGCAACCAGCAGCACCGCUGUAAGCUCGGUCACGGUCAGCCGCCCGCCCGCUGUUUCAGCAACUGACCCCGUUGUAGCAGAAAAUGCUGGGUGCAGCGGGGCAGCCACCGUGGGCAUUACCGGGGAGCCAUUGAGUGCAGGCUUGCCCGCAGCUUCAGGCGAGAGCUUCAUUCUCAAGAGCAUAGUGCGGCCACGCGCCGUCCUGCACGGGCUGGCGAGGCGGUUGAACAUGGGUAUGGAGCUGAUGGGUGUGGAGACGGGUCUUUUAGAUGAUGAUGACCCUGUGCCAGCCACUGCAUCACAGGCGCUUGCGGGUACUGACGAGGCCGGUCUUCUGGGUGAGUUUGCGCACAUUGGGAAGCAAGCUGGCGCUCCUGGCGGCAGUGCAGGCAGCACAGCAGCGCCGCGGCUUCUAACACAUCGGCGGCCACCAUCCGCUCGGCAUGAAAUACCAGCCAGCACUUCACACACGGGGUCGGCCCUAUCGUCAAUGCCAACGGUGUCUCCCAAUGAGAUGAUGGCAUUUCAGCGAGCACUGGUGGCACAGCACGAGGCACAUGAAGUGUACAAGCGCAACAAGGAGGUGCGGCGCCAGGAGCGCCGAGCCCUUGCUAAGCUACACGCUUAUCAGCGUAGCAAGGCAGGCAAGGACCACAGCGUCAACAGCCGCCACUCUGCUGCUGCACCGACAGCUUCCACAGGCGGUAUGGGAGCGUCGCUUGCUCCACAGCCAGAGGCGGCUACUCUGCUCAGGCAAGUCGACAGCAACACACAUGCCAGCGGCCACGUGGCACAAGCAACUUAUUACCACAUGGCGCACCAGCUUGCAGCAGCCGGCGAUGAUCGCAAAAUCUCAGCUCGGCGGCGGUUGCAUGCUAAGCGGCAGGCCGCACGGGAACCCGCUGCAGACCCACCACAUCUCGGACUUCUGGGGUUUCAGGGUGGAAACUAAAGGACAUUGAUCAGUAUGCCUUGAUGCACUGACUGCCGGCACGGUAGCUGAAGGCAUGGGCACAGCAGCAUGGCUUUCAUGCGAGUAGUGAGCUGGCAUGGCAAGAUGCAGCAGCACGUAUACCGCCUGGAAUGUCGCUGUGUCUGUUGAGGCAGCUGUGCAGCUGCUGCAGUGGCUGGUGGUAUCAUUGAAACUUGUUGGACGGUUGGUGAGGCUGGCAAGGCAUUCCAAGAUCAUCCCAUGUUUGCUUCAAAGGGUAAGUGAGGACAAGUGAGGAAAUGUGAGUUUUGUGGACUGACUUUUCUAGUGUGGAUCAGCCUGGGUGAGCCUAGUUGAGGGUUGUGCCAAACCAGUUCAACACUGCACAUUAUGCAAUGGGAAGGGUGGAUGGUACUACACAGAGGGGAAGUUCAUGGGCUUGAGUUGCAGGUGUUGGGUUGCAUGGACGGACUCGGUGGAGCUUGAGGUACAUAUUUUGUAGACGGGUGGGUUCAGUGCAUUUGGAUGUAAGUCGUUGUGCAG